CAGGAUGCCGUAAAUGUUGACGCCCUCUACGUUUAUUAUCUGAUGAACCAUUAAAAUAUCGAGAGAAGCGGAACUGAAGAUAACGGUAGGCGGGUGCAGCUUGUCCUCAUACUUAUGAUCAGAAGCUUCAGUCAUGGGUGCUUUUCAAAGUCUUUUCAAAAACCUAUUUGGGAAGAAGGAGAUGAGGAUAUUGAUGGUUGGCCUGGAUGCUGCUGGUAAAACAACAAUUCUAUAUAAACUCAAACUAGGUGAAAUUGUCACAACCAUUCCAACUAUUGGUUUCAAUGUGGAGACUGUGGAGUACAAGAACAUCAGCUUUACAGUGUGGGAUGUCGGCGGUCAGGAUAAGAUCAGACCAUUAUGGCGUCACUACUUCCAAAAUACACAAGGUCUCAUAUUUGUAGUAGAUAGCAAUGACAGGGAAAGAAUGGGUGAAGCGAAGGAAGAACUCCAUAGAAUGCUUAACGAAGAUGAACUACGAGAUGCAGUCCUCUUGGUAUUUUCAAACAAACAGGAUUUACCAAAUGCACUAGAUGCUAACGAGAUGAGAGCAAACAUGGGCUUGAACACAUUGCGUAAUCGGUCGUGGUACCUCCAAGCAACUUGCGCUACAUCAGGUGAUGGUCUCUAUGAAGGUCUGGAUUGGCUGUCCUCCGAAUUAAAGAAGAGGAAGAAUUCAACAGCUUCCAUCAUGGGUGCAUUUGCAAGUUUAUUCCAAAACCUAUUUGGGAAGAAGGAGAUGAGGAUAUUGAUGGUUGGUCUAGAUGCUGCUGGUAAAACAACAAUUCUAUAUAAACUCAAACUAGGUGAAAUUGUCACAACCAUUCCAACAAUUGGUUUCAAUGUGGAGACUGUGGAGUACAAGAACAUCAGCUUUACAGUGUGGGAUGUCGGCGGUCAGGAUAAGAUCAGACCAUUAUGGCGUCACUAUUACCAAAAUACACAAGGUCUCAUAUUUGUAGUAGAUAGCAACGACAGGGAAAGGAUGGGUGAAGCAAAAGAUGAACUUAAUAGAAUGUUGAACGAAGAUGAACUACGGGAUGCAGCCCUCUUAGUAUUCGCAAACAAACAGGAUCUACCAAACGCAGCCACCGUUGGAGAUAUCACUGACAAACUUGGCUUGAAUGGUUUACAUAGUCGACGGUGGUACAUUCAGAGCACAUGCGCUACAUCAGGGGAUGGUCUCUAUGAAGGUCUGGAUUGGCUGUCUAAUGAAUUAAAAAACACCAGGAAAUAACAUAUUUUUGUCUGUCAAUAUCUCUCUUUCCAUUUCACACUAAAUCCAUUCAUAAUUCCUUCUAGACCUUACCCUCAUAGCAAUUAAAAAGCCAAGUUGACCCAAACAUCAAUUGAUUUGAAUGCUAACAGAAAAUCACACAAGCAUAACAUUGGAAUUUCAUUAAGAUCUAGUGACAGCAUUAUGGCAUACUUUUUUCAUAAAACAUUGAUAUGUAUAAUUUGUUCAGUGUGUUAAUGAAAGGGAUUGUUUCAUCAUGCACUUUCUGCUUAUUUAUAAAGUCCUUUUUAUACAUUUGAAGAUUUUGAUUCAAAACAAUCUUCAUUUCAUUGGAAUACUUGUUAUUUACAGUAAUGGUUUUACAUGUUCCCUAGAGAACAUGCCAUAUUUUACACCAUGAAAGUUUGAGUGUUAUGCUUGUCUGAUUUUGGUGUAUUCAGAUUUAGUUGGACUUGGAUCUUAAUGGGGGAAUUCACUCUGAUAUUAAGUGGGUUUUCAACAGUAUAAGGAGAGAGCUUAUGAUUCGGUCAAGUCUUAGGAUAACUACGUGUAUAUAAUAUAUAUGAAUAAAUGUUUUAUUACUACCAAAUUGGAAAAUAGUAUUGAACAUGGACAAAAUAGAUUUUUUUGACAUCCAUAUAUCAGAGUCAAAUCACAUGAAUGAAAAGAACGCUAGAAUUUAAGCAGGGCCCGUUGUAUAAAGUUAAUAUUAUGGUAACUUUGCAAUCCAAUGGUAACUACCAUGGAAACGAUCAACAAUCAAUCAGAAUCAAGGAUUCUAUGCAAGUUAUAAUUGUAUGGCAAAGUAACCAUAAUGAUAACUUUUAUGCAACGGGGUCAGACUGUCUUUGCUCACUUCCUUUAAUAACUACUUUAUUAUUAAAAAUUCAUGUCUUAGUAUGGCUCUUUUGGCCUUGCAGGAAUUCAUGAGCAGGGGCAUUCAUUGGAUUUCUGCUAAUACUUUGAAAAUUAAA